AUGGGUCUUAUGAGCGAGAUUUAUUCCCUAUUUGGAAUUUCAAAACGGGAAACUAAAAUUUUGAUUAUUGGUCUUGACAAUAGCGGAAAAACGACAAUACUGAAUUAUUUGAAACCAUCUGAAUCGCAAACCACACAGGUGAUUCCAACGGUGGGCUUCAGUGUUGAAACCUUUACAUCAAAUAAUAUGUCAUUUACAGCUGUUGAUAUGUCUGGACAGAGCCGUUAUCGAAACCUUUGGGAAUCUCAUGCUCGAGAUAUCCAGGGUAUUAUCUACGUUGUAGAUAGCAGUGAUCGUCUACGAAUGGCUGUCGCCAAGGAUGAACUGUGGCUAUUUUUAGAGUAUCGAGAAAUUGUUCCGCUUUUGGUUUUUGCAAAUAAAAUGGAUGAAAAGGAUGCACUGGAUGCUUAUGAUGUCAAUUUACAACUUGGACUGAAUUUAAUUCGAAGCAGAAACUGGAACAUUUGUGCUUCAUGUGCGGUGACUGGCGAUGGUAUUAAUAACGGUAUGAAAUGGUUAGCUGAAAAUAUCAAAAAUUAUAUGGAUGGUAAAGGCUAG